GAGUUGUACUGGACUGAUUCUACAGGUGACCGACCCUAGUGAUGGACGUACACAAAGAAGAACCGAGUAAAGUCAGGCCAGAAUGGGGGAAGAAAAUCGACUUUCUCUUCGUGACGGUGGGAAGUAGCGUGGGACUCGGCAAUGUCUGGAGGUUCCCCUACAUAUGCUACCGUAAUGGAGGAGGUGUGUUUCUCAUCCCGUACCUGUUCGCUGUACUGGUCAUCGGCAUACCUGUGGCCUUUCUGGAAGCCGGUCUCGGGCAGUUCAUGUCUCGAGGCGCAGUUUCUGCAUGGAAAAUCUGUCCUCUCUUUCAAGGUGUAGGCUGUGCCGUGACGCUACUAAUCAUCUACACUCAGUGUUACUACAACGUGGUUAUGGCGUGGAUCUUGUACUAUCUCUUCUCCUCUUUCACCACGGUGUUACCGUGGUCUCACUGUGGGAACGAGUGGAACACGGUACACUGCCGGGAGCACCGCGGACAAAACCGGAGCGUGAAUGUCACCAGCCUGCUCAACUCGUCUGCACCAGGACUUCUGGGAUACGACGCCGUGGUCGCUUCGAACAGCUCCAACAUCACUCACAAGGUCAUGGACGCAGCAACGGAGUUCUGGGAACGGAAGGUACUCGGUGUGAGCGAAGGCAUUGAGCAUGCUGGCCGAAUUAAAUGGGAGCUUGCCCUCUGUCUGUUACUGGCCUGGGUGCUGGUCUACCUCUGCAUCUGGAAAGGCAUCAAGAUCACCGGCAAGAUCAGCUAUUUCACAGUGACGACGCCUUACAUCCUGUUGAUGGCUCUUCUCAUCAGGGGUGUUCUGUUAGAUGGCGCGUUUGAAGGAAUCCGCUUCUACCUUCUUCCGGAUUGGUCCAAACUUGGCAAGGCUCAGGUUUGGCUGGAGGCUGGAAUCCAGGUGUUUUACUCGUACACUCUGGGGAUGUCUGUUCAUACGGCUCUGGGCAGCUGUAACACAUUCCAUCACAACUCCCUCAGACACCUGUUGAUUUUUGUUGGGGUGAACACCUUCACGAGUUUCCUCUCCGGUUUUGUCAUCUUCUCAGUGUUGGGAUUCAUGGCGACACAACAGUCUCUAUCCAUCAGCGAGGUGGCAGGCUCGGGUCCGGGCUUAGCCUUCGUCGCCUACCCCGAAGCUAUGUCACAGAUGCCGGUAGCGCCUCUGUGGUCCGUCCUCUUUUUCCUGACCCUAAUAUUUGUUGGUAUUGACAGUCAGUUUGCUCACUGUGAAGCCUUUAUAAUAGGCAUCUCGGAUGUUUUUCCGAGAUUGCUAAGGGGAUCACCAAAUAAGGAGAUUUUCUCCGGAGUCAUGUGCUUUGCCUGGUAUCUGGUUGGACUAUCUAUGGUAACAGAGGGAGGGGUCUAUAUCCAGCAGCUGUUUGAAUGGUACUGUGGUGGUCGUAUUUUAAUGCUUGUCGUCUUUCUGGAGUGCUCUGUCAUCGCCUGGAUAUAUGGAGUGUCGCGCUUCCAGGGUAACAUGGAGUACAUGCUGGGAUACAGACUUGGGCCAUUCCUGAAGUUUGCCUGGUUCUUCGCCACACCGACAGUGUCCUUUAUCAUGUUUACAGUUGACAUCGUAUUGUAUCCGGAAAUGACGUAUAGGCGGAAGUCGGGUGUGUAUCACUUCCCCGGGUUUGCCCGUGGAAUCGGCUGGAUCUUGUCCGCUGCCCCUCUCCUCUGUGUCCCCGGGAUGAUGAUAUGGAGGAUGUGUACCGCUAAAGGAUCACUAAUUACGAGGCUGAAAUUCCUCAUUAAACCAGAGUUUGACGACGUUCAGAUGAGACGAGACAAGAAACAGGAGAGUUCUGAGAAGCUGUGCCCAGAGGAGAUACCCAUGACGGCCUGAAAUGGUAGGGGGAGUGGGGGAUGCGAAAAGUCAGCCACGUGACUAUCUCACCACAAGCUUUGGGUGUACCUGAUCUCUACGUUAUAUGGGAAGAGUCGCAAGCUUUGAGAUUUACCUGGCAUCUACCUUAUUUCGGAAGAAACCUUACACCCCACAAGCUUUAGAGUUUACCUGAUCUCUACCUUCGAUGGGAUUUAGGGAUUUACAUACUCUGCAUUUUAUAUAGGUAGUGUGACAAGCUUUGGCAUUUAGCUACACUCCACGUACUUAUGUACUACAUAUUUUCCGCGUUCAUUUCACAUCUUUUCCACACAAAAAAUGUGUGUUUUCAUUCUUGCCAACACUUGAGCGUCCCGCUUGUGCUUACUGUGUAAGCGUCCCGCAUGCUUAAGCAUGCCACAUUCUUUCUUCGCUUACGCAAUCAAGUUUUCACAACCCUGGUAAGCUGUACGCCUUAAAUCUACCUCAGAUACCUCAUCUGGUGUAGUGUUGAGCAACUGUGAGUUCAAAACUACAAAUAUGACAUAAUUAAGAUCUGUUGUUGCAUUUAAAACUUAUGUCAUAUAUGUAAUGCGAAUUGUUGAAACCAAAAGCGCACACAGAAAAGCGCAAUUCAUGCGUAUAAUUUUGUGUAGCCUUUCAGUUUAAAACACAAUGAAAUGAGAAUAUUAGGUGUAGGUGUCCUGGAUCGUUGAGUCCCCCAGCAUUCUGUGAUGAUAUCACCUGGUCUGGUCAUGAACUGGUUAUGAGGUGUUGUAGUUGUGACAGACCAACAACAUGGGAGUUGGGAAGUGCGUUGUUGAUAUUACAUUUAACAUUUCAAAGCGGACCGCUUGAUUCAGAUACCAGAUGUGAUAUUCUAUGAAGAUUAAAUUAAAGGUAGCUUCUAAGCUGCGCUACUGCGUUUAUAAUCAUUCAUAAUGAAAAAAUGCGUCUCCGCAGUAAAUGUAUCUAUUUAUUUGACUUUUAUUUGUCUUUUUCUGCCGUUAGCUUAAAACGUGCUCAAAGGAUCAGAUUAAUUACAGAUUUUAAUUGCUGUAAGGUUUUGAUCUUCAGCAUUGCAUUUGUUUACUCAACCUUGACCAUAAAUGAUGAUGUCACUG